AUAGAGUAAAAUGUCAACAUGGAAGAUUUUGAGAGGAAAUAAUUUGUUUUCGCCGAUUUCAAGUCUCCAUAAAUCAAUUCCGUUAAUUGAGUGAUAUUUCUUAAGUCAGGACAUGAAGCUUUCACCAAAGUUGAUAACUGGCAUACUGUCAACGCAAAAUAAAGGCGUUAUUGACUGGGGCUGGCAGGGUUUUGUUGCCUAUGGUUGCAAUAACCAUGUAGUUGUUGUAGACCCCAAAACUGUUCAGGUAAUUCAAGUAUUGAACAGGCACAAGUCAUCUGUAGUCAAGGUCAAGUGGUCUAGAGAAAACUACGCCCACGAUCUAGGGAGCCCAUACUCGUUACGCCUGGCCUCUGCCGAUACCUCGGGCAACAUAAUAGUCUGGGAUGUGGCACAGGGAGAGCCCAAGUCAGAAUGUUGUGACGGCAACAAACCCAUUCUUGGUAUGGAAUGGUUGCCAUGGCAAGAUGCCUCACGUGACCUGCUGGUUGCCCUUCAUCCCCCGUAUGCUGUCAUACUGUGGAACGCUGACACGGGAACCAAGCUCUGGAAGAAGACAUACACAGAGGCUCUCUGCUCCCUAGCUCUUGAUCCAUUCUGCUUUAGAAACGUGGCCUUUUUGGGUCAAGACUCCAUUGUGUUCAUUGAUGACUUCUCCAUAACAAAGACACCGUCGAGUAACGGAAAGAAAUUCUACAUUUCCAGUCCAUCAGCAGGAAAUUCUAAGGGUGAGUCGUCCAUGGGAAGUCUGGAGCGUAAGCAGUCAACGUCCAAGAACCUGGCCAAGAGGAUGACCAGGAUACUGGUGGGAGAGAUCAGCAAUGAAGGGUCACAGGGCAAGGAUCUGAUAGCCCUGAAUGAGUGCCUCCAGAUGUUGUACCUGCGGUCAUGUCGACACCACCUGCUGCUGGUAUAUCCUCGCGAGGUUCUCAUUCUUGACCUUGAGAUCAACCAGACUGUGGGCAUCAUACCAGCGGACAGGACUGGAUCUCCAUUCCUUGAGGUGCUACCUAUGACACAGAGGGAUAUCCUGUACUGCCUGCAUGAGAACGGCAGCAUCACAUGUAGAGUAAGACGUAAGCAAUGCCUGCAGGGACAGAUGUCUCCGGAGAACAAAGAUGCAUUUGAUGACACAGGCCAGAGUGCCUCCACUGAAGUGACCUAUGACCUGAGGGGUCAGUCAGACUCCAUACGGAUGACCCGCCAUUGCAAGGUCAUGGGCUUCGGUAACUGUCAGGUCAGUGAGACUAGGCUGGCCCUCCUGCUGUCUGAUAGUAGACUCAUCUUAUGGGAUCUGCACACCAUCGACUACCAGUCUGACUCCAAAAGCAGCAAGUCCCCAUUGUAUACGCCUGGUGAUGACAUGAUUUUGACCAAUCAGACACUCUGUAACAAAGUAAUUCCCUAUCCAAGACAAGCAUUGUGUGAUUUGAUUGGUCAGUCAAGCCUGAUCAGUGUUGAUCAUGAAACAGCAAUGAAAGGUCACGGGGUGGUACUGAAGUUCCUGAUGACGGGUCUCCUCCAAGGCCUGCUGUCUCCCAUCACGGUUAUACGCAUGUGUCCACCCCUCACCACCAAGAACUGGAACAUCUACAAACCACUCCUCGCUGUCGGCAGCCAGCAUGGCAGUGUACAGGUAGUGAACAUGAGCAGUGGCCAGGUGGAGAAAGAGUACAGCGUCCACACCAGCACUGUUAGGGGUAUAGAGUGGGCCAGCCUGGCAAGUUUCAUGUCCUUCUCCUACCCCAAGCCAGGAGCCUCUGGACACGUGAAGAAUGAGAUAUUCCUCAUUGACACUGUAUCAGGUAAGGCUACUGCAGUGCGUACACAGAGGGACCAGGAGCCCCACAUAGAAAUGCUGAGGGUGUCACACCUUAGACAGUAUUUCACGCUGGCAUUCAAAGAAAAGCCUCUAGAGUUAUGGGACUUGAAGACACUGACCAUUCUUAGGGAGAUGUCAUCAAAGUUGCCUCUGCCCACUGCAAUGGAAUGGUCCCCGAGCCACAAUUUGAAAGCUCUGCGCAAGAAGCUCCAACAGCAGAGCACCCAGGAACCAGGCGUGGGGUUGUCUGGGCUAAGCACAGGGGAUACAGGGGCAGAGAACUCUGACAGUAUCUCGGUCACAUCAUCUGAUAAUGCUGUCAGUGACCCAAAAACCUUGGGGAAGAUCAGUGUGAAGGAGCACUUUGUGUUCACGGACAGUGAUGGAAUACUGUAUCAUUUCCUUGUUGAGGGUAACAGCUUCACUGAUGCCUCCAAGAUUCCACCAGAGAGUGGCAUGGGCACCAUCACAUGGCUGGCAUGGAAGGGGGACUUCAUCGUGUUUGCUGACGCUGAUGGCCAGAUCUGCCUCUGGGAUUUGAAGGCUAAACAGGCCAGGAACAACUCCACCCACCGUGGUUGGAUCAAGAAGAUAAGGUUUGCCCCUGGCAGGGGAAACUACAAGUUCUUGUUGCUGUACAAUGAAGGGGCAGAUGUGUGGGAUAUUAAUGAGGGCAAGCCCGAGUUACUGAGCUCUAUCAAGAGCCCCAAGGAGAUCCCUAAGAUUGUGGACGCAGAAUGGGUUGGGUCGGACCGGCCCCUGUUUGCCACCGUGGAUGGCUCCCUGCACAUGAUGGACCUCACAUUGAAGAAGGCCUCAUUCUCCAUUGAAGAGCUGGAACUCGCCGAGGAUCUGACCUCACCCUACCUCAUGUCAUCAAAGCCAAUGUUCCUGAUGAAGCAUCUACUCCAGCAUCAGAAAUGGGCCAACAUGUACACACUGUCAUUGUCUGGCCUUCGGGACGAGGAUGCUGAUGUAAUGGCGGCUGUCAACAAGAAUCUCUCACUGAUUGAUCCAGAUCUGACAGAAUAUCUCAAGAACUGCAGGUUUGGAACGGCUGAAAGAUGUCUUCUUACAGCUAGGUUAUAUGGGGAUGAGUCCGAGGUUCGGUUCUGGACAGUGGCACUCUACUACAUGCGCUCUGGCAGGGCGCAGCCAAUCACCAAGAGUUCAAGCUGUGUGUUUGCAAAACAAGAUGGCGGAGAUGUAUUCCUGGACCCAGACAACAGCAAGUCCUAUGACCUUGGUGACCUUGAGGGUCAAGGUCUGGGGUCAUCGUCAUGGACACAGCACAAGGACCAACCACUAGAGAGAUGCUUUGAUUUCCUGUGCGAUAAUCAGAGCUACAAGAGGUACCAGUUGGACCGUGUGGCCCUACAUGACAGUAAGCGGGUGUCUGUGCUGCACACCAGGAAGUGUGCAGAGAGCUAUAUCAUGCUAGGACAGACUGACCGCGCCGUACAGUUGCUAUUGGAAACAGAGCCGGACAGUGAAGGGUACUAUGUCGACUGUCUCAGGUCAUGCUUAGUGGCCAGUGUUCGUUCCUCAGGUGCCUCUCAAAGCACCAUCAAGCUGGUAGCUACAAACCUCAUUGCUGGAGGAAAACUCAUUGAGGGUGUACAGCUGCUAUGUCUGAUCGACAAGGGCCUGGAUGGCUGUCGAUAUCUACAGACCUACGGGGCCUGGGAGAUGGCUGUAUGGCUAGCCAAGUGCACCCUGGAGUACACAGAGUGCUGUGAGGUGAUGAAACGCUGGGUGGACCAUCUCAGCAACACUCACACCAACCAGAAGAGUACAGCUGUUUUGGUGCUUCUGUCCCUGGGCUACUUCCACAAGGUGAUAGAGAUGCUGUACGGCAUGAGGCAGUUCAACAGGGCUGCCUGCUUCAUUGAGGCCGCUACCGAGUUUGGACUCCUGGAGAAAAAUGAAGAAAACAGUUCCUUGAUUGAAGCAGUGUUCCUAGAAUAUGCAAGACAGCUGUCUAAUCUGGGCCACAAACAAUCGGCCGUCUAUUACUGCGGCCUUGCCGGUAAAAAGGGGGAACAACUGUGUCAGGAAAUAGAAAUCCUCUAUGCCUGAAGAUUUACUUCGACUUGUAUAAGGACCAAUUAUAUUAAAUGUGCAUAUUGUUGUAUUUAAAUGUGUUUCAAACAUAUAUAUGUUCUGUACGAUGGAAAAUUGAUCUUCAUACACAAAUUAUUCCACAAAACUAUUCUUUGAAAUGAUUAGUGUAUUUCUGUGGGAAAUUUACUUAUUACAUGCAUGCUUCUCCAUAUGUUAUGUAAUUGACUGAUCCCAACUUGUACAUUUCAUUGAUAAUGCUAGUAAAUAUGUGUUUGUCAUAUGUGCCAUAAGGCCCAUCAUAUACACGAACAUUGUUAAUUGGUAGAUGCAUGAUCCAAAUUACCAUAAUAUAUUCUUAUUUCCUUUGUUGACAAUUGUAUAUUGUUCUGUUAUAGUAUUAUUGAUUUCUAUUGUUACUGAUUGAGAGAUAUUGAGAGAAAUUACAAACAUCAUUCUUUACAGCCUAACCUAGUGAUAUUAUAGUAGCGGCAUACAUGAAGUUUGUGAUUUUGAUAAUUAUGAAUAUAAUUAUUGUUUCAUUUUUGCUUAUUUUAAUCACAGGUAUUGGGCCAAGUCACUUUAACAUUAUCAAUAUGUUAUAAAACAGCAUUUUUCAUCAUUUUGACAAAAAAAUAAAAUAAAAAAAAAUCUGAUAUAAUAUAUUUUAUCAAAAAAUUUUGGAGGGGGGUCGAAAUGAUGAAAAAUGUUGUUUUAUGACAAAUUGAUAGUGUUAAAGUGACUUGGCCACGCGCCCAAUACCUGCGAUUUUAAUAAUGAUGAGCUGCUUGUGAUGGUCUAAUUCAUGCAGGUGUGGUUGCACUGACAAUAUUGACAGGAAGAAUAACCAAUGAUGAUUUUAUCUGUGAAUGUAUUGAAAUGUCUGCACAUAUAUGAUAAUCUUUAUCAGUAAAUGUUAUAAUUGCUUUUGACAUACACUCUGCAGAAACACGCUAUGAUAGAAAGUUGAUUAUAUAAGGGACCAUGCGAUAAACAGUGAUUAUAUGUGUUCAGUGUUUUCACCAUAUUGUUAUUAUAUAUUUAAUAUAUGGCGUUCAACCCAUUUAAUUAUUACAUAUUUCUAUGUUUUGCAUGAAUCGAAUAAGCUUAUAAUAUUGAUCAAACACUUGUUGCAGUUUCAAAUGGCGUCAAUGGUGUAUAAUUUAAACAUGUUGUUUCUGUUAUUUAAAAAUGUAUUUAAAUUCCUGCUUCAAAAGUCAGUGGAUAAUAAAGUGCAAUAAUAUU